AUGACUGGAAACCAAGUGACAUUCUUCUGUCAAGGGCCCUUAGAGGCCAAGGAAUACCGUCUCUGCAAAGAAGGAAGUCCAGAUUGCUUGUUACCAACAACCCUAAGAGAAACCGAGAACUUGGUCAAAUUCUCUAUCUCAUCAGUUGAAUGGAACCAUGCAGGCCACUAUAGGUGUGAAUAUAAGAGUGCCAAUGGUGCAUUAGAACACAGUGACUACUUGGAGCUUGUGGUGACAGGAGUUCACCAGAGCAGUGUCACCCUGUCAGCCCUUCCCAGCCCAGUGGUGACCACAGGAGGAAAUAUGACCCUUCAAUGUGUGUCACAUCAUCCAUAUGACAGAUUCAUUCUGAUGAAGGAAGAUGAGAAGUUCUCCGCGGCUUUGCCCACACAGAAUAUACACCCUGAGCUAUUUGGUGCUCUUUUCAUAUUGGGUCCUGUGACCCCCAACCAGAGGUGGAGGUUCACAUGCUAUGGGUAUUACUCCAGCAGCUCCCAGCUGUGGUCAGUUCCCAGUCGCGUCUUAGAGCUUCUGGUCUCAGGGACCCUUCACAAACCCACCAUCUGGGCUCAUCCUGGCUCUGUGAUCACCUCAAGGAGUCCUGUUACCAUCUGGUGUCAGGCGACCCAAGAAACCCUCAUCUAUGUGAUAUAUAAAGAGGGAAGCCCGGGACCCUGGGACCAACAAGCCCCAAUACCCCACAACAAUAAGGCAAAACUCACCAUUCCAUCUGCGACACAAGUGCAGGCAGGCCGAUAUCACUGUUACACCUACACCUCUGUGGGAUGGUCACAGCGCAGUGACCCCUUAGAGCUGGUGGUGACAGUCCCUGUCCUGGCCCCUGGAGAGAACCUGACACUCAAGUGUUCCUCUGAGAUAAGUUAUGACAGAUUUGCUCUGUUCAAAGAGGGAGGAAGUGACCUCACUGAAGUUUAUGUUCAUCAGCCCCAGGCUGGACAUUUUCAAGCCACCUUCACCUUAGCCUCAGUGAAUUUCUCCAUUGGUGGUCGAUACAGAUGCCUUGGUGCACAGAGCUUCUCUUCUGAGUGGUCAGCCCCCAGUGACCCUCUAGACAUCAUGAUCACAGGAUACCUCCCUGUCACACCCAAUAUCUCAGUGCUUGCAGGCACUACUGUGUCCUCAGGAGAGAAUGUGACCCUGCUGUGUCAAUCAUCAGACCCAGUGGACACAUUCUUUCUGUUCAAGGAAGGUGCAGACCACCCCUACAUGCAACAAAGAGCAAAGUCUCAAUAUCUACAAUAUGAGGCAGAAUUCUUCAUGAGUGCUGUGACCUCAGCCGUUGGGGGUUCUUACAUAUGCUUUGGUUCUAACAGCUCAUCCCCUUACCUGUUGUCAUACUCUAGUGUCUCCAUCGAGAUCAUAGUCUCAGGACUGGUAAGCUAUCAAAAGACCGUGAUCGGAGUUUCUGUGGCCUUCUUCCUACUGUUCUUCCUCCUCACCAUCUCCCUUCUUCUCACACUCAGGCAUCAGAAGAAAAACAGAAAGGGAGUUCAGGCAAAGACUGACUUGCAGCCUCCUGCAGAUUCAGUAAACAGGGACAGAAGACUCCAGAACAGCUCCAGCCCAGCUCCUGCCACCCAGGAAGAAAUACUGUAUGCUACUGUGAAGGUCACAAAGCCUGCAGACAGCAUGGAGCUGGAUGUCCUGAGCCAACAUGAGGAAGUCCCCUCCAAAGACUUGUAUGCCCAGGUGAAGCCCUCGAGACUCAGAAGGACAGAGAUCACCUCUUCUUCUCUCAUGGCAAAGGAAUUAUUGGCCUCAAAUGACACACAGUCAAAAGCAAAUCAAGUGAUAGAUGAGCAGGCUGCUACAACAGAGGAGCCACAUGAUGUGACCUAUGCCCAGCUGUGCAUUGUGACCCCAAGACAGGGACAUGUGAACCUCCCACCUUCCAGGCAGAAAAGUCCAACCUGAGAACAUACUCUGGCCUCUACCGAUCCAGGGAGAUCACACUCUGCAUUCUGUGGGAGAGGGAGGAUUCAGGGAUGCCAGAAAACAAGAUCUGUCUCAGGUGUAUAGUCAUAGCACAGACAUGACCAGUCUUUAGGAAAUCCUGAGAAAUUUGAGGACUCUGAUUUUGUUGUCCCUGCAUUUUAUAAAAAAGGCAAAUGCUUUGUUAGUGACCAAUGCAUAAAAUGAGGAGAGAAGAAAGGAAUGAAGAAAGUUUCAUUUUUUGUGUUGUCUUUUAAUUUUCAUUUUUGAGAUUCCAUUAUAAUUACCGCAUUUUUCUCUUCCCUUCCUUCCUUCCAGACAUUUCCAUAGAUCCUUCUAAUUCAGGACCUCUUUUUUCAUUUAACACAUGUACAUAUGAAGAUGCAUGUAGAACAUUUUAAGCAUUUUUACCCUGAAUAUAUACCUUCUGUCAAAUAUAUCUCAAUAAAACUGAAAUUUGAAUGAUGAAGUCACAUUAAUAUAAUGUAGCAUGAACCAGAAUAAUUCAGAAUUGAUCUGAACAAGCAUGAAUAAGGGUCCUGAAAAU